AUGACAUCAUUUGCCAAAGCAUGUAUAGACUUUUCUAACAAUUUGAAAAAUUUACGUUUUACUAAAUCAAAUGCUACAACCACUUCUUCCACGGUCACAGUGAACAAUUCAACAGCUACAAUGACAAAGUCAUCAGUUGUUUUAAAUUUUGAAUCGGAUACAAUAAAAAACCCCGUGACAAAUGAAUAUAUUAUUUCAGUCACUAACAGAAUUGUAGCCAAUAAUUCUAAAACUAACAAUCAUCAUUCUGUUAUUAAUUCAACUGAAGAAAAAAAUCGGUUUGAGAAGAAUCAUAAGAACAGUGAACACUUUACAGAUGAUAAAUGUACCCUUUGUAAUAAACUGUUCUUUAUCCCUAAUAACAUCACUGCUAGCGAUACAAGUAGCACCAAUAGCAAUACUACUAGUAUUAGUAGCACAAAUCUUGGCGGUAGAAUUUCAGAUGAAAAAGAAGACUCAUCAUUAUCGGGGAAGUCAGUGGUUGUAAAACAUUCUGAAAUAAGUUCCCUUGAAAACCCUACAAUUUCUUCUAGUACAAUAGCAAUGACACAAAAUAGAAAAAACAUUAUACCUAAUGGAUUUGUAAAUAGUGAUUCAUUAAAAACUGUGAUUUCAAAUUAUUCUGAUUAUCGAUUAUCGAAUUCGAAGAUCUCAAACUCGUUACCCAGUAGUCCAGUGCCAAGACAUAGUUUUACAAUGAAAAAUAAGCUUUCAUCAGAUAGCAAUGCUGCUAAUGACAGACGUGCUCAUAGUAAUAUAAAUAGUUUGACAGACUCCCCAUUCACAUUCAAAGCUACACUUUCGCCGACUAUGACACAUCGUUUAGCUAUUCUUGCACGUAACUGUAAAAACAGUAUUGUUAGUAACAAUAAUAGUAUCAAUGGUAGCGAUUCUACCGGCUAUACAUCCAAUCGUUAUUCAAAUAAUUCAAUUUCAUCGUCUUCUUCACCCUUAUCAUCUCAUCGUGGGACAACAGUAGCUGCCAUAAAACAAAGAUUGGUAAAUCAAGGACUACGAAUUAAUUUAAACAUUCCAGUUAAGAAACUAUCAUGUACACGUUAUCGAGAUUAUGUAAGACGUCAAAAAAGGGGUUGUCCACAUACAAUUGAAUCAUUAUGGUUGAAUAAGAAUUUCAUGAAUAAUAUAUUUGUUUAUUUAACUGGGAAUGAACUGAUUAACUAUUCAAUCGUAUGCCGUACAUGGUAUGAAUUUAUGUGUUUAAAUGGUUUCCAGAAUAAAUUAUGCUUUGUUUUAAACAUCAAAAAAUUAAUUAGGGAAAUAGAAAACAGUCACGAGGAUUCAAAAUCGAAUCAAUAUGCAGACUAUAAAGAUCCAGUUAUUAUUUCAAACCAUAGUGAUCACAUUCCAUUACCAAAUGAUUUAUUGUACAGUUAUUUAGAAGACUCUAUUCGAAUUCGCAUUGUAUCCGCUAUAAACAGACACCUGGAAACCAUUAAAAUUGUACAGUUAGUUGAGAGAUUUAGUUCAGUAUUGUAUAAUAUACUAGAAAUGCUAUUAAACCCAAAUCACAACGUAAUUUUGACAUCAUUAUCACAAUCCUCCACUAUAGAAACGUAUUUCCCUCAGAUAAAUACAACAGUUGCAAACACCUUAACUAAAACUAAAACAUUCAACAACCGAAUCUUAUUGACAUCAAAUGAAAAUUAUCCAACAUGGAUAAAUGAAAAAGACGAGAAUAAUAACCCAGUGUUAAAGACAAAUGAUUUUAUUAAUUCAUUCCAAAACCAAGUGAAAAAACAACAACAACAACAAAAUGGUUUUAUACAAGACAAUAGUCUUAUAACAGUAAACUAUGCUAUACAAAAUAAAUUAUCAUUAAAUACUGAUUCACCUUCAGCAUCGAGUGAUACAUGGAAAUUAAAAAAAAUUAGUGAUUCUAAAAACUCUAUCUCUUCAAAUCGCUCAAGUCUGGAGAACAUUAAUAGUAAUUCAUCAUAUACACAUAAAUUCACUCAUAUAAUAUUUAAAUCAUGUAGUAUACUAGACCAAUCAUUGUCACGUUUAAUAAAUUUAUUUCCUUCUUUAAAACAAUUGGAAUUUGAGUGUUGUAACGAUUUUACUGAAUUAGCAUUUUGGUCUUGUCUUUUACCGAGCAUUGAAUGUUUAACAGUGUUUGAUUGCAUCAAUGUUUCAGAUGAAAGUAUGAAUGCGAUUGGACAUCUAUUACCAGAAUUAAAAUGUUUUAAAUUUCAAGCUUAUCAUAUAACAGAUGCAGCAUUAAGUUAUUUCAGUACAAAACAACGAAUUAAUAUGCAUACAAUGGAAUUGACUCAGUGUAUGGAUGUAACAAAUCAAGGUAUUAUGACACUGGCCUAUACACUGAAUAACCUACAAGUUUUGAGUUUAAGUGGAUGCAGCAAACUAACUGAUGACGGUUUAGAUGUGAUAUGUGAAAAUCUAAAACGUUUAAUAUCAUUGAAUUUAUCAUGGUGCUCGAAGAUCACUGACAGCGGAUUAGAAUGCGUGGCAUGUGAUUUAGUUCUGUUGAAAAAAUUACUACUAGACAGGUGA